AUGGAGAACGAAGAAAGAGCUCACUUAGAGUCACAUUAUCAAACCGAGUUGGAAUCUGUAAAAAACGAAGUCGCUCGGCUGAUUGACCUACUUGAGCAACUACUAAGAGCUAAGAAUGGGGAGGGAACAUCAGCACAACCACCUGAAGGAGAGCCAGUAGCUCACAUCCCUCAAGCGUCUAAAAAUCAGGGGGCAAACUCGGCUGAUGAGCAACAUUUUGUGCCUAUCACCCCUAUCCAGCCAACUCAUCCUCCAAUCACUGUUGACUUAACAACGGAGAGAACCCCGGAUAAUAGGUCUCCCACCGAAGUAUGUCUGGUACCAAACAUUGUGGUGCCCAAGGAUUUUAGGAUACCAGAUUUCAUUAAAUACAUCGGUUUGGAAUGCCCAAACACUCAUCUUCGAUCUUACUACAACAAAAUGGCAGAGGUAAUCCGUAAUGAUAAAUUGCUUAUCUAUUUCUUUCAAGAUAGCCUCGCAGGAUCUGCUUUGAGCUGGUACAUGAGGUUAGACAGUGUUAGGAUCAGGAGCUGGAGAGAUUUGGUGGAGGUGUUCCUUAAGCAGUACAAGUUUAACCUAGAAAUCGCUCCAGAUCGAACAAGUCUAAUAUCAAUGGAGAAAAGAAGCCAAGAGUCAGUAAGGGCAUAUGCGCAAAGGUGGAGGGAUGAGGCAAUGCAUGUCCAACCUCCUUUAAUAGAAACAGAGAUGGUGACUUUGUUUGCCAAUACCUUCAAGGCACCAUAUUAUGAGCAUUUAAUGGGUAGCUCAGCUCAGCAUUUCUAUGAUGUUGUACGUAUAACGGAAAGAAUAGAGCAAGGGAUUAAAGCUGGACGCAUAAUUAAGCCAUUGGAGACAAAGGGUUUUAUUGGAAGAAAAAUGGAAGGUCCCGUUAACAAUUUUGAAGGUGGGUCCAAUAGCAAGAUAACAGAUUCAUAUAACCCACAAAUACCUACCUCUCAUGUGGCCAACAUAAACUUUAACAAACCUUUUUCCCCUACUCGAGCAAAUAACCAGUCAAACAACCAAAACAACCACCAAAGACCAAACACAAGAUACAUUUCAGAACAACUACCAUCAUUACCCAUGCCUUUGAAGGACAUGUAUGCCAAACUACUGAGCAUUCGACAAAUAGCUCUUAUCCCCACAUUACCACUACAACCACAAUUCCCCAUCUGGUACAAGCCCGAGUUGACUUGCGAGUACCAUGCUAGUAUCCUCGGGCAUGGUCUUGAAACGUGCUACACUUUCAAGAAAAAGUUGUUGGAGCUCAUCAAGAUAGGAUGGGUGUCAUUUGAAGACACACCAAAGAUCAAUUCAAAACCAUUGCCUAGUCAUGAUGCAAGUAAUAGUGGAUAA